GGCCGUCAUCAACCGUCUCCGCGUUGGGUCUAAGCUCGAGCUUCACCCACCGCCGACGAGACACCCUCGUUCUUCUCCUUCAUCGCCGCCGCCAUCGUUCUCUCCCUCGAAAUCCUUCGAAGAAGCGGAGAAUACUCGGGUAGAUCGUGAGUGGGGGAAGCGAAAUCCAUCGAAAUCGAUCUCGUCUCCUUCUGAUUCGCCUCCCGAUCCGUCGAUCGUGUUCUUGUUCUUGAAUUUCCCCUUUUGAUCGAGGUGCGAGUUGAAAUCUAGGGUUUUGGAGUUGAUGGACAUCGAAGCGGGGGAUAGGUAUGGGAACAAGAGGAUCCACCAGCGUAUUGGUGGUUCGAACCCUUCUUCAAUCUCUGAGAGGAGUAACAACAAGGUGUGCCAUCAUUGGCGGGCUGGGCGGUGCAAUCGCCACCCUUGCCCGUUCCUGCACGCUGAGCCUUCAAUUGAUUCCUUGCCCAAGCGCCAUCAGCCGGCAGUCGAGCACCACUCGCUUGUUUGGAAGAACCCCGGCACAAACCCUGGCCCCCCGUCCAAGUGGGGUAAGGCCCGAGCGCCCCAGAAGGCUCCUGACAAGAUUUGCAAGUAUUUCAUAAGUGGCAACUGUAACUACGGUGAAAGAUGCCGGUUUUUGCAUUCUUGGUUCGUUGGCGAUAGCUUCUCUCUUCUAACUCCUCUUCAAGGCCACCAGAAGGUUAUUACUGGGAUUGCACUGCCGGCUGGGUCAGACAAGCUGUAUUCUGGGAGUAAAGAUGAGUCUGUGCGAGUUUGGGAUUGUCAGACUGGUCAGUGUGUUGGAGUCAUCAAUUUGGGAGGUGAAAUUGGUUGCAUGAUCAGUGAAGGACCAUGGAUAUUUGUUGGAAUUCCCAAUGCUGUGAAGGCAUGGAAUACACAGACAGCAACAGAUCUAAGUCUCAGUGGACCUACUGGACAAGUUUAUGCAUUGGUUGUUGGCAAUGAGAUGCUUUUUGCUGGAAUUCAGGACGGUCACAUACUCGCCUGGAAGUUUAGUGCUGUGGGCAAUUGCUUUGAACCUGCAGCUUCUCUUAGCGGCCAUAGACUUGGUGUUGUUUCUCUCGUUGUUGGAGCAAUGAGACUAUACUCUGGUUCCAUGGACAAUACUAUUAGGGUUUGGGACCUGGUGACCUUGCAAUGCAUUCAGACGCUAACUGACCAUACAUCAGUGGUUAUGUCAGUUCUUUGUUGGGAUCAGUUUCUGUUAUCUUGUUCAUUGGACCGGACGAUAAAGGUUUGGGUUGCAACUGAAACUGGAAGUCUAGAAGUAACAUAUACUCACAAUGAAGAGCAGGGGCUGCUAGCAUUAGGUGGAAUGCAUGAUGCACAGGCCAAGCCUGUCUUGUUGUGCUCUUGCAAUGACAAUGUUGUCCGGCUCUAUGAUUUGCCAUCCUUCACCGAGAGGGGCAAGAUUUUCUCCAAGGAUGAAGUGCGGGCAAUGCAAGUUGGCCCAGGGGGCUUAUUUUUCACUGGAGAUGGUACUGGUGAGGUAAAGGUAUGGAAAUGGUCGGCAAACGAGACACAAAGCGUGAACUAGAGACAGCCUCCCCGGUGAUCUUAUAGUCUUCAUUACACGUAUGUUAAAAGAGUCCGCUAGAGGAGGUGUACACGGCCAAUUUUUGUCGAUUGCCAAAUUGAGGCUCACCACCAGAUUUGUUGUUUGCUCAACCAUCAAGAGGCCUCUGUCUGUGAGGUGCUGCAGUGGAGGGUUAAAAUUAACCCCUCAUGGUAGAUUGAUUUCCUUCCUUAGACAAACAUGUGUUACCAUUGCUUGUCAAAGUCAAUCCUGUAUAGUCUUAAUUUAAUAAAUCAAGAUGGUUUAAGAGUUUACAAAACUUCUUGGGAUAAUUAGGUGACCGGUCUUUAUUUAUGCAUGGUUGCUUUUAGCCCAAGCCUCAGCUGGUCCUGGGUUUGCUGGAUUGCUGGAAGGAGGUUAUAUUGUUUCUCUGUACUUUUUGACGUUUUUAUAGACUCCCAAUUGUUACUUUGAUGUUGUAGCCAGCUGCAUAUUGAGACCCCAAUUGGUUUGAGAAUAACCAGUUGUGAUCAUUCUUGUUAUCCCUGCUGUACUUUGAAGAUGAACACUUGUAAGUCUGACUGGUUAUCAAGGCUUGCUUGCCAGUUGCCAAUCUUUAA